UAGUCAGAUCUUGAUUUGACUUGUGUUGAGUCACACAGAUUUAACGUGAAGUCAUAUUAUGAAAGGAAACUUUCUACCAGUGAGUUUAUUUUCAUAAAGGCAUUGUGAAGACUCCUAAGGAUCAACUGUUCAUACACAAUGGGUUUUGAGGAACUCCUAAAUCAAGUUGGUAACUUCGGUAAAUUUCAUAUCCGUCAGAUGGCUCUAAUUUUUUUCAUUUCUAUGGCAAUUGCCUCUCACAUAGUAUUAGAGAACUUCACUGCAGCCACCCCAGGGCACCGCUGUUGGGUCCACAUCAUCGACGACGACACUCUGUCUAUUAACAACACCACGGUCCUCAAUCAAGAUGCCCUCCUCAGAAUCUCCAUCCCACUGGACUCCAACCUGAGACCAGAGAAGUGUCGUCGUUUUGUCCAUCCCCAGUGGCAUCUCCUUCAUUUCAAUGAGACCUUUCUCAAUAUGAGUGAGCCAGACACAGAGCCUUGCGUGGACGGCUGGGUGUAUGACCGAAACAACUUCCCCUCAACCAUUGUGACUGAGUGGAACCUAGUAUGUGAUAAUAAAGCAAAGAAACCAAUGGCUCAAUUCUUGUUUUUGACGGGAAUGCUCAUUGGAAGCUUUAUAAUUUCUCCUCUUUCAGAUUGGCUUGGGAGAAAGUUUGUUCUCAGAUGCUGUUUACUUACGUUUUCCCUCUGUGGAAUCGGUGCUGCCUUUGCUCCCAACUUCAUCAUUUACUGCUCACUGCGCUUCUUGAUGGGCUGUACAGCUACAUCCAUCAUAAUAAAUAGCUCCAUGCUCGUUACAGAAUGGUCAAGACCCCAAUCAAAACCCUUGGCAGUAUUAGUACUGUCCUGUGCCUUUAGUAGUGGAAAUAUCCUCCUAGGAGGACUGGCCUAUGUUUUUCAAGAAUGGCGCACUCUGAUGCUCACAUUGUGUGUGCCUCACUUAGUCUUCUUCCUCACCUCAAGAUGGAUAAUAGAAUCUGCUCGGUGGCUGAUUAUCACCAAUAAACCAGAUAAAGGCUUAAAAGCACUUAAAAGAGUAGCACGUAUAAAUGGUCUGAAGAAUGCUGGGGAAACUCUGAACAUAGAGGUCGUGAGUGUCACCAUGCAGCAGGCCCUGGAGGAAGCACAGAAAAAAAAAACAGUCUUUGACUUGGUCCGCACACCAAACAUGCGUAAGAGGAUCUGCCUCAUAGCCUUUGUGAGAUCUUCUGCCAUCUUAUCAUAUUAUGGCAUUAUAGUCAAUCUACAGCACUUUGGGAACAACAUUUUCCUGUUCCAGACACUAUUUGGAAUUAUCAGUACCUCCGCUCGAUUUCUUGGAUUUUUUGUAGUGCGUAAAACAGGCCAUCGAUCAAACCAAAUGUUUCUCUAUUUCCUGGUGGGAAUUUUCAUUUUUACCACCAGUCUUGUGCCACAAGAAAUGCAGGUUCUCCGUGUGACUUUAGCGUGUGUAGCACUAAGUUUAAUUAGUGUUGCUUUUAAUGAAUAUGGAGUCCACUUCGUUGAACUCACCCCUACUGUCCUCAGGGCAAGAGCUUCCAUGGUAGACUCAGUAUCUUCUCGGUGUGGAGCAGCACUCGCUCCCAUCUUGAUGACCCUAGAGAUGCAUCUUCCCAUUUUGCCCUGGAUCUUCUAUAGCAUCGCUCCUAUCCUUUCUGCUUUUCUUCUUUUCUUCUUACCUGAAACCAAAGAUAUGCCUUUGCCUGACACCAUCGAGGAUGUGGAAAAGAACCACAAAAAAUCAAGAAAAGAAAAUGCAAAAGAGUCCUGCAUGAAAGUGACAAAAUUUUAAGAUCUCAUCAAAUAACUGGUGAGGAAAAUAAAAAUCUGAGAGAACAAAACAGGAUUUUCCCCAUUGUUGUUUACCUACAAAUUAGCAAGAAAUAUAUGAGAAUGCAUCACAUUUAAAAGUAUGGCUUUGGGUUGCAAUUAAAUAAUUCUUGGGAACAUGUAAUUCUAUGAACAAUACUAUUGCAAAGUAGUUGAAAAGACGAAGCAAAUAAUAUGAAAUAAAUCUUCAUGGUGGUGGGAUUGGUGUUGGAACAUUGUAUGACCAAAACAACUCUAUUAUGAACAACUUUGUAAAUCAC